AUGAAAUUUACCACAAAAAUAAAUUUGAUUAUUAAAUUAGUUACAAUUAUUUUUAUUUUAAUUAAAAUAAAUGAAAGUACAAUAUAUUGUCCAUCAAAUGUUCGUUGUAUGAAUGAAAAUCGUUUAAAUUGUAAUAAAUCAUUAUUAUCUUCAACAGAUUUUCAUUGUUGUGAUGGUCUUCAAUGUAUUUCUGUUCUAAUACCAUCUACUGAUACACAAGAUCAAUUCAAUACAACAAUGUGUGUUGUUUCUUCAUUUAAAAAAACAUAA